AUGGUGCUAUCGUCAUUGGUUAUUAUAUCAUCAAGUAAAUCUACACUAGUUCAUAACGGAUCUCCAAAUUUCAGUAACACUGAAAAUAAAAAAUUGAACAUCUUGGCCGCUUUGUUUACUUCAAGUGGGAGUCAUUUCGCAUUUUUCAAACCGCUCUUGGAAGAACUUGCUCGAAGAGGUCAUAAUUUGACAGUGUUGUCUUAUAAUCCUCGUAAAAAUAACAAUAUUGAUGCGAAUGUGCUACCGAAUUAUAACGAUGUGCUCCUCACUGAUCCAAAAUUUAUUGGAGAAAAUGUAAUCAAUCUUCAAGAAAAACCAGUUGAUUCUUAUUUCAUAAAUUUUGACAAUAUUUUUCGAAUGCGACAUUUUGGACUGACAUAUUGUGAGAUGACUCUUAAUAAUCCGGAGGUUCGCCAGCUAAUUAAGUCGGAUCAGAAGUUUGAUCUUAUUUUCAUGGAAACUUUUUGUGGUGAUUGUGCCUUAGGUUUUGUGCAUAAAUUCCAGGCACCAUUUAUUGCAUUAUCUUCUCAUGAAAUAAUGCCGUGGAUUAACGACCGACUGGGAAACCCUGAUAAUCCGAGUUUCAUUCCGGAAUUUUUUAAGUUACACGCAGGUCCAAUGAAUUUUAUGCAAAGAGUUCUGAACACAUUGAGUUUGUUGGCGGAUAAACUGGCUUAUGAAAUUGGAUACACAGGGCCUCAUCAAAAACUUGUUGACGAUGCUUUUGGACCUGGAGUUCCUCCUCUCAAUGAAAUUGCAAAGAAUACAUCUGCUCUGUUGGUAAAUACGCAUUAUUCCAUUCAUGGAUCGAGACCUUAUGUUCCAAAUGUAAUUGAGGUUGGUGGGAUGCAUAUUGGUAAACCAAAGCCAUUACCAGAUGAUAUAAAAAAGUUCCUCGAUGAUUCCCCGGAAGGUGUUCUUUUGUUUAGUUGGGGUUCAAUGGUUAAUGCCUCAUCAAUGUUGCAAGUGAAACUGGAUGCUAUGUUAAAUGUUUUCAGUGAGGUGCCACGAAAAGUAAUUUUAAAGUGGGAAUCUGAUGAACUGCCUAGGAAACUGAAAAACGUGAUGAUCAAGAAGUGGUUGCCGCAAUUCGAUAUCAUGAGUGAGUAA